AUGGAGGUCGACCCGCGAGCUAAUAAGGUUGAUCCACGUGGCUACGAGGCUGCUCUAGCAGCGCUCUCUGGUUUGAUCAAUCAGCGGAAGCGCGCGGAUGGGUCAAACUGGGGAGAUGCCUUCGCUCUCAUGCGCUCAUACGUUAAGGUGCUGGAUUUGGAGGGACCAAUUGACCAGCUCAGCAUCAUCCACGUGGCAGGCACCAAAGGCAAGGGGUCCACGUGUGCCAUGGCGGAGAGCAUGCUGAGGGCCAGCGGCCACACCACGGGGCUCUUCACCUCGCCACACCUCGUGGACGUCCGAGAGCGCUUCCGCCUGAACGGGGAGAUGGUGUCAGUUGAUACGUUUCUGCAGCACUUCUGGUGGUGCUACGACCGAUGUAAGGAAGCAGCGUCCUCUCCCUCAUCCCCCAUCCCCAUGCCAGCCUACUUCCGCUUCCUCACUCUGCUCGCCCUACGUAUCUUCACGCACACUCAGGUUGACGUGGCGAUUCUGGAGGUGGGGAUUGGAGGACGAUUUGACGCCACUAACAUUGUGAAGCAUCCGGCGGUGUGUGGCGUGUCAUCACUGGGUUUCGACCACAUGGAGCUGCUGGGAAACACCCUGGCUCUGAUAGCAGGCGAGAAGGCUGGGAUAUUUAAGGCAGGAGUGCCGGCAGUGACGGCCCCACAGGAGGAGGAGGCGAUGGAGGUGCUCAGGCAGCGAGCAGCGGAGCUGCAGAUUCCUCUAGAGGUGGCCAAGCCGUGGCACGAGGUGGCGCCAGGUGUCGGAGUGGGAUUGGCGGGCCGGCACCAGCAGGUGAACGCGUCGCUGGCCGUCUCUCUCUGCCGCCAGUGGGCCCAGCGCAGUGGCAGGGAAGAGGAGGCCCACGCAGUCGAUCAGGCCCUAGCCAAUAAGACACUGCCACCUCCUUACAUCAAAGGGCUAGGGUGUGCCUCCUGGCCGGGCAGGUGCGAAAUUUUGCAGGACUGCCAGGCCGAGCCUGGCCAGGCUGGAAGUGCGGGCGGGCAGCUGACAUUCUUUUUGGAUGGUGCCCAUACAGUGGAGAGCAUGGAGGUGUGCGGGGAGUGGUUCUCAGAAGCUUCUCGGGAUGGAGCGAGAGGUGGAGAGGGGAAUGGAGGAGGUAGUGGUGAGGGGGAUAAAGAGGGAGGUGGACGAGCAAAUGCUGGGGAAGGAGCAGCAGCAACAACGGGAGCAGCAGCAGGGGUGCAAGGGUCAAGCCAAUUGGGAGCUAAGACGCCUGUGCGGGUGUUGCUGUUCAACUGCAUGCCUGAGAGGGACCCGCACACACUCAUGGCACAGCUUCUCAGAACGCUUGAGCGCAGAGGCCUGUCCCUCGAUCGAGCCUUGUUUGUCCCCUCUCUCUCCUCCUACACCGCUCUCCUCCCGUCACCCUCCCCCUCCUCCCCUUCUUCCUCCUCCCUCUCCUCUUCCCUCCCCUCAUCCGACUCUACCGGCCCUGCUUCUAAUGUGACGAGCCAAAGCAUCAGCUCUGGCACCGAUGCUACUGGCACAAAGCAGAGCAGUAGCCUUGGCCAGAGCAUCCCUCCUGUUCAACUAUUCGUAUCUUACCUUCUUACCUUCUCGCUUCCCCGUGCACCCCCGUUCCUCCCCUCUCCUCGUCUCGCUCCGCGCGUCAGUCUCAUCCUUCACUGGAAAACCGACUCCACGACCGUCAACUUCGCCGCGCAAGCGCUUGCCGGGGCGGUUGCAGACGGCUGGUUCGCCGUUGGAUGGUCAGGAUCGUCCGGCCGAAUGAUCCCGGGAGAUGCGGUGAUCGGCAAUCUGCCAGGUGGAACGAUAAAGCCGUAUUACCUGGGUUACUACUCCAUGGCUGAGGUGGUUCCCACCAUCAACUUCAGCAUCGGGAACGCCGGGAACGAGGCUGUGGUCACGAAGAACGCGGACGGUUCGAUCAUCAUGAAGUUCUCACGGUCAGUGAACGACGGCACUGUGAAGGUGCUGCUGAAAGGAGUCAACUACAUGAUCUGGGCCUACUCGGACGGCUCUCAGACCCUCUCCCAGCACUCCCGCUCCAACAUGGGAGCCGUGCAGAUAGACUACAGCUGCCCCGCGUCCGGCAGCAGCAGCAGCGGAUCCUCCCAGUCACAGGGGUCGGCCUGCGAGCGCUCCACCCUCCCGGGCUACACCUGCUCCACCAAGCUCAGCGCGAACGCCUACAUCCUGCACUGGGCAGUCAACAAGGACAGCACAGUGAGCAUGGCAGCACAGGUCGCUACCACAGGCUACAUCGGGGUCGGCUUUUCUAAAGACGGCAAGAUGACCAACUCAGACGCAGCCAUUGGGAACGUGCCACCUGGCACGCUGGCCAAUGGGGCGGCAGUGGGGCCGUAUUACAUGAACGGGCAUGAACUGCAGUCGGUGCAGCCGACAGCCAUGUGGAGCGUUACCAACACAUCGGUUACCACUGCAAAUGGAUACACGAUAAUCAAGUUCACGCGCACCAUGGGCACGGGGUAUGUGCCCAUCAAUGCAUUCGGCCCCACCACCAUCAUCUGGGCCUACUCGCCUGAUGGCUCCACCACCCUCGCUGACCACCGCAGCAACUAUGGCUCAGCCUCAAUCGAUUUCGUCAAGGGCACGGUAUCAGGCGGGCACGGCAGCAGCACAGCAGCCUACAUCGCCCACGGGGCCCUCCUCUCCAUCGCCUUCGCCCUCCUCAUGCCCCUCGCCAUCCUCCUCGCCCGCCUCCUCCUCGCCGACCGCCCCGACUCCGCCCCCCUCAACCUCAACCGCCCCUCAUACAUUCCCACCGACGCCAACGGAAACGCAUCACCCCAGCAGCGGCCCGGAAAGAACCUCCGGCCGUUGGGGUUUCAGUUGCAUCGGGGCAUUCAGGUGUUUGCGCUGGUGGUGGCGGUGGCAGGGAUGAUUGUGAUAUUUGUGCAGGCGGGGUCCAAAGGGCUAAACUGGACUCAUGGGCAGGUGGGGCUGGCGGCGGUGAUUCUCGCGCUGGUGCAGGCGAUUGUGGGGUUUGUGCGACCGGAUAAAACCGCUCCGAACCGCUUCAUGUGGCUGGUGGCGCACUGCUUGAUUGGGGCGACUACCAUCGCGCUGGCAUGGGCGGCCAUGUUCCUCGGCAUCGACCUUUAUCACACCAAGUUCAUGCAAAACGUUACGCUUGGCAUACCUGGUGCUGGUCAUUCCGGACAGCAUUCUUUCAUUGAAGAGGCCCAAGGAUCAUGUCUCGUCCUUCACUGGAACACCGUCAACUCCACGACCGUCAACUUCGCCGCGCAAGCGUUAGCCGGGCCGAUUGCAGCCGGCUGGUUCGCUGUCGGAUGGUCGGAUUCGUUCGGCGGGAUGGUGCCGGGGGAUGCGGUGAUUGGCAAUUUGCCAGGCGGGAAAAUGGACGCAUAUUAUCUGGAAAACCCGGUACUGGAUCAGGUGCUUCCAACCAAGAAAUUCAGCAUCGGGAACGAGGCCGCGUUGACUACGAACGCCGAUAACUCGCUCAUCAUGAAGUUCUCGCGGUCAGUGAACGAUGGCACUGUGAAGGUGCUGCUCAAGGGAGUCAACUACAUGAUCUGGGCCUACUCUGACGGCUCUCAGACCUUCGCCCAGCACCCUAUGAGAGACCUGUGUCAGUGUAGUUGCAGUGUGCGUUAUCUGUACUUACUACAGCUUCCACGCUUCCACCAACAGCACUGGGUCGUUGCCCUCUUCUCCUCUUCCCAUCUCCCCCUCUCCCCUUCUCCCGCUCUUCCCUCUUUCCCUCUUUCCCCCUCCUUCUCGUCCCCUCUCUCCCUCUUCCCUCUUGCCUUCUCCCUCUUUCCCUUCUCCCCCUCAUACAUCCUGCACUGGGCGGUCAACAAGGACAGCACAGUGAGCAUAGCGGCACAGGUCGCUACCACAGGCUACAUUGGCAUUGGUUUCUCUAAGGACGGCCAGAUGAUCAACUCUGACGCAGCCAUUGGGAACGUGCCACCUGGCACGCUGGCCAAUGGGGCGGCGGUGGGGCCGUAUUACAUGAGCGGGCGUGCCGUGGCGUCGGUGCAGCAAACUGACUUGUGGAAGGUUACCAACACGUCGGUUACCACCAGCCAAAAUGGUUACACCAUUAUACGGUUCACUCGCAGCAUGGGCACGGGGCAUGUGCCCAUCAACCCAUCGGGCCCCACCACCAUCAUCUGGGCCUACUCGCCUGAUGGCUCCACUACCCUCGCUUUUCAUGCCAGCAACUAUGGCUCAGGCUCAAUUGAUUUCAUAAAGGGCACAACCACAGCAGGCGAGGGCAGCAGCACAGCGGCGUACAUCGCCCACGGGGCCCUCCUCUCCAUCGCCUUCGCCCUCCUCAUGCCCCUCGCCAUCCUCCUCGCCCGCCUCCUCCUCGCCGACCGCCCCUCCGGUGCUCUCCUCAACACCAACCCCGCAUACGCCCCUGCCAAUGCCAACGGGAACACAUCUCCCCAGCAGCAGCCCGGAAAGAACCUUCGGCCGCUGGGGUUCCAGCUACAUAGGGGUAUUCAGUUGUUCGCGCUCGUGGUCGCAGUGUCGGGGACGGUUGUGAUAUUUGUGCAAUCCGGGUCGAAAGGGCUGAGCUGGACGCAUGGGCAGGUGGGGUUGGCUGCUGUGAUUCUCGCGCUGGUGCAGGCUGUGGUGGGGUUUGUGCGACCGGAUAAAACCGCUCCGAACCGCUUCAAGUGGCUGGUGGUGCACUGCCUAAUUGGGGCUACAACUAUAGGGCUUGCAUGGGCAGCCAUGUUCCUUGGCAUCGACCUCUACCACACCAAGUUCAUGCAAAACGUUACGUGGUGCUACUGGGUCUGCGGCGUGUGUGUGGGCAUUUUCGGCGUGGCAUACCUGGUGUUGGAUGCUUCAUUCGCUGCUCCGAGGAGUCUCUCCGCCACGCCCCGCGGGUCCCGCCUAGUUGCGCGCGCCAAGUUUCAGGGCUUCAACCAGUCGGUGGGGGAGGCGCAGGAGGCGGACGGCGCAGCCGUUGCGCCGGCGAGCGCGGAAGAGAACGGCGCAGCCGUUGCGGCCGCCGCGGAGGGAGCCGCGGAGGAGCGGGACGCGGGAGGACGCGACGACGACGUGCUCCCAACGGACCUGGACGGCGCUGUGCGCCAAGCAGGGGAAUCUGCCGCCUACUUCUGCAACGGAGGCGGCACCCGCGCCAUUGUGGAGCUGCUAGUACCUGAUUUGGAGAUCAAAUCGGACGAAGGCGCGCAGCAGCUGCUCUGGGAUACCAGCCGCACCUUCCUUGACUCCCUCAAGGGCCACCUGGACUUUGAGAACGUGAGGGCCAUUUUCCCGGAUGCGGGGUCAGCAGCGCUCCUCAAGAACCAGUGGCCCGACGCGCCUUUCGCCUUCUCGAGCCUCAUGGACCGCAAGCCAGUGCAGGAGCAGGACGACGUGGUCGUGCUCAUCACCCCCGAGUACCAGCAGCUCAGCGUGGUCGAAUCCAUAGGCGGCAUGCUGGCCACAGAGGACGGCUUGACCCGCCCCCUGAUUAUGUAUAACCCGCGGCUGGUCAGUGGAGAUGUGGGCGUGGGGUUGAACGUGCGGCGGCUGAGGGAGCGGUUCCUGUCGACGUUUACGACCGCGUUCUGCCUGCGGCCGCUGCCUGUGGGAGCGAUCUACCGGCGGUACCCCAACCCAUGGCAGUUGUAUUUGGAUGAUCCUAACGAGCCAGGCCGAUACAUUUUGUUGCGGCAACAAGGGUCCAAACCUAACAUCGAUGAUAUCGAGGAAAUGUACAUGGCUGCAUCGGGAGGGGGUGAGCCUGGAGCAGAAGAGCCAUCGUUCAUCGAGCAGGCUUUUGGAGUUAUUUCAUCAUUCAACAGCCAAACCUCCGGCGCCGACGGCGACGGUAGCAGCAGCAGCGGCGGCGGCGGGAAGGGCGACGACGACGCAAUGUCGCUGGCGGCGGAGGCAGGCGGGAUGGACUGGCGGACGUUCCGCGCCAAGCUGGUUGCCGGCCAUGAGGCCACGCGGAGCGUCUCCGCGCCCUCCCCCGCGCAGGAGGCGGUGGGGCUCGAGAUCUGGCAGGACCGCAUGAGCCUGGAGAACUGGGCGCUGCUAGCCUCGCAGAACCCGCGCCUGGCAAAAGAGGUCCCCUGGGUGCACUCCACGGGGGGCGCGGAGGCGGGGGGCGUGCUGCUCGCCGCGCCAUUCUCCCAGAUUCCGGUGCAGGGGGGAGGGGAAGGGGGAGAUGGAGCGGGGGGAGCGGGCGCGGGCGGGAUGGACAGGCGGUUGUGGCAGGCGGCUGUGUUUCUGGUGGAGCAUGGCGGGGCGGGCAGGGAGUCGUGGGGGCUGCUGCUGAACCGACCAUCGGGUUUCACGAUUCAGAUGGCGCUAGCGAAGGUGAACCGGGUGGAGGAGGCAUCGCUGGCAGUGUUUGCACGCAACGCCAUCUACAUUGGCGGGUUCAAGUCCGACGGCAGCACUCUCUACUUCCUUCACGGCCACGACCUGCCCGGGGCCAAGGAGGUCAUGCCUGGCGUCUACAUGGGAGGGCUGGAAGCAGCAGCGGAGCAGGUGCUUCUGGGCAAGAUGCCUCCCUCUGACUUCAGAUUCUUUGUCGGGCAAGUGGAGUGGCAGCCGGGUAAGCUCCAGGAGGAGGUGGAUGCAGGCCUGUGGUACACUGCAGCGUGCGCCAGAAGCCUCGUGCUCAAGCAGUGCUUGCAGCUUCCCAAGCCCCUCUGGCGGGAAAUGCUGGAGCUGAUGGGAGGAGAGUAUGCUGAGACCGCGAGGAAGGAAUUUGGAGAAAGCACUUGA